CCUCUCAAAGUGCUUUGCGAAAAAGGAGAAUGGGGGCGGAGGAAGGGGACGACGACGCGAGGAGGGAGGCCGCCUUGGCCGCCACCCGCCUCCUCGACCCCAACUUCAAACCUUCCAAACUCACCCAAUCCCAGCUCGACAAGUUCAAGGAAUUGCACAGAAAACGGUUACAGAUAAAAGAAAAAGGCAAGAGAAAAGAAAAACCUAAGGAUAAAGGAAAACCUAAUGGGACUGCAAAAACGAGUAUGAGAGUAAGAAAUAAUCUUGACAUUAAAGAUACAGCAGAUGUUUCUACAGCCAGUGCUAUGAAAGAUUCCGAGUACUCCAACUCGAAGGAAGAGGCUGGUUCGGACGAAGCAACACUUACGCCAUCAAAGAGGAAAAGGAAAUUACAUUGGGGGCUUGAUGCGAAGGAAAGAUGGGAAAGGAAAUCAAACAUGUAGAUUGCGAACGACAAACUUGGAGCCGUCCAGUUGUCGGUUUGCUUCAAACUAUCAGAGCUGUUUCACAAUGAGAAGAGAUCUUUCGAGGUCUAUCGUUUCGAUAUCUGCGAUCAGGCGUCGCCUUAUUCAGAAGGUAUUUAUCACUUGUUAGGAUUGUGAAGCGUAAUGAAAAAGAGCGGCGCCAUUUGUACAUCCUGGAGAGAAAAAUGAACUGCCAAAAUUGAUGUAUGACAAAUUAAAAGAAGAUGUCUGUUUUUUUUUU